AGGGACUACACCCAAGAGCAGCCCGGUUGCCCAGGCUUUUCUUUCCUGUCUGAGCACACAGAUUAAAGUGGGGACGUGACGGAGCUGUCGGUUCAGCUGGAGACGAAACAGCGUUUGAAAUAAAUACCACAACAGCAACUAAACCGAACGCAACUCUAGUUAAUAUUUUGAAUACAUUGUACAUUUUAACAAAAGACGCAGAUAUGUCCUGGCAGAGCUACGUGGAUAACCUGAUGGCCGAUGGCAGCUGCCAGGACUCCGCCAUUGUAGGGUACACGGACGCCAAGUACGUCUGGGCAGCAUCGGCCGGUGGUACUUUUGUCAGCAUAACGCCUUCAGAAAUAGAUGUACUUGUGGGCAAGGACCGGGAGGGUUUCUUCACUGGAGGCAUGACCCUAGGUGCAAAGAAGUGCUCUGUGAUCAGAGAUAGCCUUCAUGUUGAAGGUGACUGGACGAUGGACAUCAGGACAAAGAGUCAAGGUGGUGAGCCAACAUACAACGUUUCUGUAGGCAAAGCUGGCAAAGCAUUGGUUUUAGUCAUGGGCAAGGAUGGUAUCCAUGGAGGGCAGCUCAACAAGAAAGCAUAUACCAUGGCUGAAUACCUGAGGAAGUCUGGAUAUUAAGCAGCUUCACCCCAUCCACCUAGCAACUCAUUCUCAUCACCACCCAGUUGCGUUGGCAGUGCUACCAGACUAGUUGGUAGUUGCAUUCUUUUCUUUUUUUUUUUUUUUUUUUUUUUUUACACUUUUUUCUGAUGUCUUUUUUUGAUCCUUUUCCCCCUUCCGUGUUUAUUUAUAUACUUUAACACUGUGUACCAAAUCCAUUCUGGCACCAUUGUUGCAACAUAGUUCAUGAAUAAGCAUGUUAUACAUUUUAACAUUGCAAAAAAAAAGAAAAAAAAAUUACAAAAAAAAAAAAAAAAAAAACAAAAAAAAAAUUGGCCAAUAUGUUAAAUCUGGGCUCUGCUUAGUGUUAACAUAGAGAACUGUUGGCAAAAAUGAAGAACAAAAAUUAAAUGAAGGACAACUAAAUUUUAGUAGUACAAUCUUGAAUUGAUUGAUGCACUUUGAGCAGAAACUGAUCGCAGUUAGUCUUCCUUUUCUAGAGCUUGUCUGGGAGAGAUGCAUGCAUAUAUUGGCUAGUUUGACUCCUCCCCCACCAUUCUCCUUUGUUUUUCGCUUGCCAUGCUUGAACCCAAAGGUGACAGUCCAGCGUUACAAGAGGUGUGCUUUCCUCUAUUAUUAACCACUCUACCUUUCUUUUCCUUUUAAUAUUGCAGCUGACAUCUGUUUGAGUUGCAGAAUCCUGCAUCAAUGCUUUUUUGCUGUUGCGCUCAGACAUGGUCUUGCAAGUUACAUUUCGAAUAAGUUGUCUGAUUAUUUCAAGUGCAAUGGUAAAACUGCAGGUGGCAUUUCCUCCCAUGACCUCUUCAUCACAUGCUUGACUUUAUAAUCUCCAUGGACAUUCCAUCGUUACAAUAGCUUAAGCACUUACGUAUUGUUUGCCAGCUCCUGUAAUAUGUUUUUUUUUUUUUUUUUUUUUUU